UAAAAAGAUUGUACUAAGUCAUUUCUUCCUAUCAAACAUUUAAGUUAAGAACUGAGUUAUACACAGGCGGGCUUAAUGUGCACUUGGGCCGCUGUUCUCGAUACACGACAAUGAAUGGUACCAAAUGUUGGCUGAACUUCAAGCAGAGAAAUUCCAACUUCAGUGCAGUUCUUAUCUUUGUUACCACAUUUUUAGCCUGGGCCAAAAUAGAUGCAUCGGUCUGCAAACAAGGUUGGGUAGAAUGGAACAAUAUCUGCUACAUACUGAAACAAAAUAGUGAGGACUGGAAAACUUCUCAAUCCAAUUGUGUAGCAGAAGGUGCAAACCUCGCUUCUAUUGGAAGCGAGGAAGAGUACAUCUUCGUGUUGUCUCUACUUCAUGGCGCAUCCGUCAACCAGAUAUGGAUUGGCCUUAACGAUAAUGAUAAUGAAGGACAAUUUCAGUGGGUGGAUAAAAGUCCUUUAGUCUUUACGAACCUGAGCAACGACUCUCCAAACACAGUUGCCAGGAAUUGCAUCCAAAUAAAAGCUUAUAAGUGGAGUCCUCAAUAUUGUGCGCUUGGCUUGAAAGCACUGUGCAAAUAUGUCCCCAUUGUCUUCGAGGAAGAUUUUUCCUUCCAAGUAAACUUCACUCGCCAACAGCUCUACACCAGCUUGCCGCAUAAACUCCUCCUAAAUCACGUGCUCAGUAAAAAAUCAGUUCCAUCUUUGCUACAUUGCACGUUAAUUUGCUUAAGAGACGCAAAAUGCAUGUCGUUGAACUACAGAAGCCCUCAGAACUCACAGGUCAAGAAUGGGUUAUGUAUUUUGCAUUCAGCGACAGCUGAUGAAUUCCCUGAAGACUUUGUUGACAAUUCUGUGUACAUAUACGCUUUACCUAUUAAGUAAUGGGUGUUUGGACAACCGCAACAUUUCCUAUAUUAUAUAUAGAGUCCGCAGUAAUAUGAGUAAUUAGUCUAAAACGUGUAAAAAAAAUGCGCUUGCUAUAAGUUGACCUUAUGCGAAUAGACAAAUUCCAUGGCCGCCAUCUAGGGAAAACUAAAGAAUUUCAUGCAGUUAUUCUAGGAAAUAAAAACUCUUGCAGAAAAAAAUAUUGCACCUUAUAUACUUUUUGACGUAGAACAUAGCUGCUAUGAAACCUCUCUGUAGCUGGUGCACAAAAUUUGUUGAGCAAAAUAUAUUAUUUGUUAUUGGCGAGCGAGCAAGUGGUUGCUGAUGCCGAAGGCAGAGGAAAAUAAUUGCUUGCGAGAAUCUAGCAAUUCACGAUAUUUUGUGAUAACCGAGUUCAAUAAUCGUUUUAUCAUUGAAAUUCAUAGGAAUUUUUCCCUUUCUUAUUGUGCUUUGAUUAUUUUUGAUGGCUAUCAAACAUACCAAGUCAUGCAGGGAAGCGAGCCAUACUGACAAAUGCAACGUUACUGCGCAUGAGCAAGAUUACAAGAAAACACCUUUGCACCGUAAUGCGCAUGAGCAGAAUAUUAUUGUAGGCAGUUUUCGACAGAAAAAAAUAAUUUGAAUAAUGAAUGCAAUUAUUUGAAAGUUAUUUUUUCUUUCUAGUAGUACUAUGAUAGUAUAUAAUAAUGAAUAAAUCGAUAAGAAUAUCCUCAUGUCAGGCUUAUGUAAAUGUAUAUGAUAUAUAUGUGUGUUAACAGAUAUACUCUAAGCUAAUCCAAAUACGAGGCUUCGAAAAGCUUCAAAAAUCGCCGCGUUGGAUUUGUUUUUAUCGAGAGGCUUUCGUAUGAGUGGGAAACGGUACGGCAAAUUGUGUAGCCGUAGCGGUGCCAAUGCUGGUGCCGUGUGCUUUCCGGACAUUAAGUACUGUACGUCUCGCACUCAUGCGAAAACCGUUGUACAUAAUAGCAUUUGAAUCGUUGACACCCGUUCUUUCUCCCCAGCUCAACUCCUAAUACUAUUAAAUUGUAUAUCAUAAGUAUUACAAAAAUCGUAAUAAAAGUAUAGACCAAAGCUAAGAUAAUAAACUGUAGAUACAAACUC